UUUGUAUUUUAUGCAGUCAUCAUAUUGCAGUCGUCAUAUUGCAGUCACGAAUAGGCAUAGCUAAUAAUCGAUAUAGUUAUCAGCAUAGUAUCGUGAACAACAUAUUCGUUUGAGAUCUGUUUUAAAAUCAAGUAAAACCGCGCGCUCUUCUCCAGUCCAUAACUUAACAGCUGUUCUAUUUUUUAACAGGUACUUCUGUCUUUUUUUACACUUGACGUUAGACUUAACCCCUUUUAACGUGUCAGUAAUAAUGAUAUCAUUUAUUCAAUUUAUACAUAUUCGUUUUCAAAGCAUUAAUAUACAACCUGUAAAGGAAGCUGCAUAAAGAAAUAAUAAAUACGAUGUUAAAUAUUUUGACAUUUUCAUUCAAUCUGCACAAUUAUACUUGUUUUUAAGUAAUAUCAAAUAUAUUCUUUUGAAAGUAUUAAUAUUAUGAUAAUUUUGGCAUUGUAUUAUAAUAAUGGCAUUUUGUAUGAUAUAUACAGUACUAAAUAGUUUUAUUGUAAUUACAAUGGCACAAUCACCUACAAAUCCUCCAAAUAGUGAAGAUAAUACAAGCAAACAUUUGUCUGUAUCUUGUAAUGACUUCACAAAAAAUUUGUAUAAAGAAUUAUCUUCUGACUAUAGAGGAAAUAUAGUUAAUUCACCAUUAAGUAUACACAUGAUAUUAUCUUAUCUUUCUCAUGGUGCAGAAUCUACAACUUUAAAUGAAUUGACUAAAAGUCUUUAUCACUAUGACAAAAAUUCAAUACAAGAAGAAUAUAGAUCAUUAAUAACUCAAUUAAAUGAUUUGGAAGAUAUUAAAUUGUACAUCGCAAAUUCAAUAUAUAUUCAAGAUGAAUUUGAACUAUUGAUGGAAUUUUUAACAAUUGGAAGAGAGUUUUAUCAAUCCGAAAUCUCAAAAAUAGAUUUUAAAAAUAUUGAUACAGCUGAAAAAAUCAACAGUUGGGUUAAACAGAAAACAAAUGAUAAAAUAUCCAAUCUUGUAUCUUCAGAUGAUUUUAAUGAGAAUAUGAAAUUAGUAUUAAUAAAUGCAAUUUAUUUUAAUGGUAGUUGGUUAAAUACAUUUAAUGCAAAGAAUACAAAGGAUAAAAUAUUUCAUGUAACAAGAGAUCAAACGAAACUUGUACCAACAAUGUUUAAUAAGUCUCAAUAUAAUUAUGGUAAUAUACCAAUGCUGCAAGCAAAAUUUAUUGAAAUUCCAUAUACAAAUACAGAUAUAGUAAUGAUAAUAAUAUUACCAAAUGAAAUAGACGGCCUUCUAAAUUUGCAAACUAAUUUUUCAUGGGAAAUACUUACAAAUGCAUCACGUUUGUAUGAUGAAAUUGAGUUACAUCUUCCAAAAUUCAAAAUUGAAUUUACAGUAGACUUAAAAAAUAUACUGAGUAAGCUUGGUGUUAACAAAAUGUUCAGUCACGAUGCAAAUUUUAAGCGUAUUUCCAGUGUACCAUUGAUGGUAAAUAAAAUAUUGCAUAAAGCAGUUAUAGAAAUUAAUGAAGAAGGUACUGAAGCUGCAGCUGCAACAGCCGUUCAUUUAAGACUUCGACGUAUGGCGAAUGCACCAAAGCAAUUUCUAAUUGAUCGGCCUUUUAUGUUUGUAAUUGAAUAUAAACCGAAGAACAUACCACUUUUUAUCGGCAGUAUACAGAAUAUAGGAAUUGUUUCUCAAAAAGAUGAAUUAUAAGUUUUUUUUCUAUAUUAAUAGAGAGUAAUUAUUGAUCUAAACAUUUCUGUUUCUAACAUUUAUGUAUAUUUAUAAAAUAUUUAUACAUACAUUUAAAUAUAUUUACAUAUGUUUCUAACAUUAUGUAUAUAUAUUAUAUACUACAUAAUACAUUUAUAUAAAUAUAAAGAUCAUAUAAAAAAC